UUCAUUCCCAGUUUUGCAAACACAGAGCACGCACACCAACUCGUGUGUGCCGAGAUGGAGAGAAGCGCGGGUGGCGGCGACGAUUCGGCGAGGGCCGUCGGCAUGUGUGACCGACUCCUGACCUUCCUCGCCAAGAACCUGUCGAUGAACAGGCCGAGGAGCAUCACCGAGGGGCCAAGAGACGCCGGCGCCGGCCGCGAUCACAGGAAUCACGCAGAGGAGGAAGACGACGAGUUCGCUGUGAAGAUCGAGAAGGCCGAGUUCGAGUUCAGCCACGAGGAAGAAGGCCACAGGAGCUUCACGGCCACCAUCCUAGAAGAGACAACUGCUGAUGUGAGAGCAAGUGAUCAGCACAAGGAGGCCACGGGGGAAGCCGGCCAUCAGGUGGAGGCGACGGAAGCGGGCGCGGCGGCUGUGCAGGAGAAGAAGCCGAGGAGGACCGUGACCAUCAAGGAGGAGGCCGGCGGCGUCAAGGACAAGGCCAAGAAGUCGCUGUCAAUGAAGAGGCAAUCGUCGUCGUUGAGCGGCGGCGGCCAGGUGGUCGGGGCAGGAGGGGAGGACCCGGUACCGAAGCCGCCGCUGAGGUGGGGGCUCCGGCCGAGGAUGCCGGCGGCGAACCUGAGGGUGCCGUCCAACAUCAAUGAGAAGUCGUCCAACUUCAUUGAGGAGCGCAGGAGGGGCUUCGGCGCCGGCGGCAAGCCGGGGAAAUGAGCUGACGCUCCCAGCAGGGUGGAUGCUUGCAAGCUGCAAUGUUAAUACAGUACAGUAAUUAAGUGUGUGCGUGUGUGCGUUGGUUUGGAUGAUUGUUGGUUGUAUCCAGCAGAGUUUCAUGAUGAUCACCAGAGAAGAAUCCUUGAUUGUAACUAUAGAUAAGUUUGCAGAUUCAUGUCGAUGUUA